CUUUGUUCAGUGAUAAAAUGAAAAUUCCUAUUUUUGCUAAAAGAUCCACUGAAUAUUAACUCUACUGCAUUGUAACCUUGACAGUUAUCUCUUCAAAUUGAUCUACUGACAAUGUCUAAAAUCAGAUUCAGCAAUCUCUCUUGGGAUCAAAUUAUAACACUGGAUCACGUGUUAGAUGAAGUAGUUCCAGUUCAUGGACGGGGACAUUUCCCCACACUAGAGGUAAAACCAAAAGAUAUUAUUCAUGUUGUGAAAGUGCAACUCAUAAAGCAAGGGAUUAUUGUUAAAGAUAUCCGAUUACAUGGUUCUACAGCAAGUUUUGUGCUUGCAAGCCAUAAUGGAAUCACCUAUAAGGAUCUGGACAUUAUUUUUUGUGUUGUACUUCCAAGUGACCAAGAAUUUCAGGUUGUUAAGGACACAGUUCUAGGCUGUCUACUUGACUUUUUACCAAAAGGUGUAAAAAAGGACAAGAUUACCCUAAAGAUCAUGAAAAAGGCUUAUGUGCAGAAGAUGGUCAAAGUUUGCAAUGAGCAUGAUCGUUGGAGUCUCAUCUCUCUUUCAAAUAACACUGGGAAAAACGUAGAGCUAAAAUUUGUUAAUUCACUCAGACGACAGUUUGAAUUUAGCGUGGAUUCCUUUCAAAUUAUUUUGGAUCCCAUGUUAGAUUUGUACUAUGACAAAAAUGCUAAGUUAACCAAAGAAUUCUCUCCUGUUGUGGUGGCUGAAAGCAUGUAUGGAGAUUUCCAAGAAGCAAUGAUUCAUUUAAAAUACAAGCUUAUAUCUACCAUAAGACCUGAGGAAAUUAGAGGUGGUGGUCUUCUGAAGUACAGUAACUUGCUGGUUCGUGAUUUUAAGCCAGCUUGUGAUGCAGAAAUGAAGAUCUUAGAACGUUAUAUGUGUUCUAGGUUCUUUAUUGAUUUUCCCAAUGUAGCAAUACAACAACAAAAAAUUGAAUCACACCUACUCAACCAUUUCAUAGGAGAAGAAAAGACCAAGUAUAACUACCUUAUGACUUUGCAUAGUGUUGUGAAUCAGAGCACUAUUUGCCUCAUGGGUCAUGAAAAAAGACAAACUCUCAACAUGAUCACCAUUUUGGCUUUAAAAGUACUUGGAGAACACAAUAUUCUACCCAAUACAGAAAAUGUAACAUGCUUUUUUCAGCCUGCUCCAUGCUUACUUCCUGAAGGGUGGUACCCUAUUUAUUGUUUAACAUCUGGGCCACCACCCAUUUACUUCCAGCCAUAUCAUACAUUUCACUUUCAUGUGCCGGGUGGGAUGUUUUAAGAAACACACAUACAACAGAAACAUAUCUUUAAUUAAACACCUUUUAAAGCCA